UUUUAAAAAAUGUUUGUUCAUCUUCCGAUUGAAGUUCAUUUGGACACUUUUAAAUGCCUCAACUUUAAUCAGCUAUUUUCUGCAAAACAAGUCAAUCGUUACUUUCUUUCGUUUAUUGGCAAAUAUGAGGGGGAAUUGGCUCGCAAAUUUUUUAAGCAUAUUGGACCGGUAAUUUUUUCCUAA